ACUUGAAAAGGCUGAGGGCUUCAGUGAUCCACUUUUAGAGGUUAGAGAGAGAAGGAUUUUCCCCCUUUCGGUUCCCUGGUUCUGUCUGUUUCACUGUGCUGCAGUAAGAUCCUGGACAUAUCCUCUUUCUUAGCCCCCUGUCCUCCUGUCUGGGCAGGUUUUUAAAAUGCAAGCAAAUGUCCGGGUUUUUGCUCUGCUGAAUUUUUCCAGGCACUUCAACUUGGCUGCUUGGGUCUGGGGGCAGCGGGGCAAAGUGACUGGCUGUCCGGGGAUCACGUGCUCUGCGUGCAGGCCUGGCAGUUGCUUGCAGGCUGCUUGGCUGGGCAUCAACAUUUUCCUGUUUGUGUAUUAUUUCCUGAUGUUUGACAUGGAUGAGAAGUUCUACUACACCAGAGAGAUCCUUGGGUCAGCCCUGGCAUGGGCCCGGGCAUCUGCAAAAUGCCUGAACUUCAACAGCAUGCUGAUCCUGUUACCAGUGUGUCGCAACCUGCUCUCCUUCCUGAGAGGCACCUGUUUGUUGUGCAGGCGGACCAUGAGGAAGCAGCUGGAUCACAACCUCACCUUCCAUAAGCUGGUGGCCUACAUGCUUGCCCUGAUGACAGCUGUCCACACCAUUGCUCACCUGUUUAACUUGGAGCGUUACAAUGACAGCCAGCAGGCUGCAGACGGGAGCCUCUCUUCUGUCCUCUCUGACCUGCACCAGGAUGGAAGUGACAAGUGGCUAAAUCCCAUCCACUCCAACAGCACGACUCCAGCAUACGUGACUUUCACCAGCAUCCCGGGCCUGACUGGUGUGAUCAUCACCGUGGCACUGAUUCUUAUGGUUACUUCCUCCAUGGAGUUCAUUCGCAGGAGCUAUUUUGAGGUCUUCUGGUACACACACCACCUCUUCAUCAUCUACUUUGCUGGCCUCGUCAUCCAUGGCAUUGCUGGUCUUGUUCGAGGGCAGACAGAAGAAAGCCUUAAGAAGUACAGUCCUCAGCGCUGUGCACAGUACCUUGUAUACAGGGAUGGGAGAAGCACACACCACCACUGUAAGGAGCCAGAGUUUGGGGGCAUCCCAACAGAGUCCUGGAAGUGGGUGUUGGCGCCAAUCCUCCUCUAUGUCUUUGAGCGCAUCUUACGUUUUUGGCGUUCUCGACAGAGGGUUGUUAUAACAAAGGUUGUCACGCACCCAUCUAAAGUACUGGAACUACAGAUGCAUAAGAAGGGCUUCAACAUGGAAGUGGGACAGUACAUUUUCAUCAACUGUCCUUCUAUCUCUCUCCUCGAGUGGCAUCCUUUCACCCUGACCUCUGCACCAGAAGACAAUUUCUUUUCUGUCCACAUCCGGGCAGCAGGGGACUGGACAGAGAAUGUAAUCGAUGCCUUUCAGCAGCAAAAACCAAAAAUACCCAGGAUUGAAGUAGAUGGCCCCUUCGGCACAGCCAGUGAAGAUGUGUUCCAGUAUGAAGUUGCUAUGCUGAUUGGGGCAGGGAUUGGGGUCACACCCUUUGCCUCUGUGCUGAAGUCAAUCUGGUAUAAGUUCCAACAUGCAGACCAGAGUCUCAAAACCAAGAAGAUUUAUUUCUACUGGCUCUGUCGGGAUACGGGUGCAUUUGCCUGGUUCAAUGACCUGCUUGUGUCACUGGAGCAAGAGAUGGAGGAAUCUGGCAAAGCAGGCUUCCUGAACUACAGACUCUUUCUCACCGGGUGGGACAAUAGCAUUGCUGGCCAUGCAGUGCUCAACUUUGACACUGUCACUGACGUGGUGACAGGCCUGAAACAGAAGACCUCCUUUGGAAGACCCAUGUGGAGUAAUGAAUUCUCUGCAGUGGCCACUGCCCACCCCAAGUCUGUGGUGGGUGUGUUCUUAUGUGGGCCAGAAGCUUUAGCAAAGAGUCUGCAGAAGUGUUGCCAUCAAUACUCCAGGCUGGACCCCAGGAAGGUCAAAUUCUACUUCAACAAGGAGAACUUCUAAGCUGAAAGAAAAAUUUGCCUAGCUCUGUGGCACCACAGCCUCAUUGGGAGCAAUCUGCUGGGUCUUCCACCUCCAUUUUGAGAGCUGAAUUUGGCUGCUGCUAAGGGCACACCAAGCAAUGCUACUGGAAAUGCUACCAUUCAAACUAUGCCUUCCCCACUGUUAAAUAUGAAGGACCUUCAAGAUGUGACAUGGCAUCCCUCCAAGGGACAGGCACUUGAGCUUUAUGUACAAAUGCUGCCUACUCCGUGUGCGCCCCAAUCUCUAGAGGCCCUUUUGGGAUAAGAGGAGUGGGCCUUCUCCACUCCUAGAGAUUGCUCUGCAUUGGUUUUGCAUGCAAGGAAGCUGAAAUUAACCUUCUAAUGGAAUCUGUUCCCUUUCAAAGUUGAUUGUGGCACCAGCACAAAGGCUCAUAUUGACUAUUAAACUUGAUUUAAAUGCACUGGGAUUCUUGGAUGUUGGCCAUAUGGGAAAUGUGCUGGGAGGAUGCAGGGUCUUCAGUAACUAAUUCAGCACAAGUGGUCAAACACACUCCAAUAAGCAUUAUUGCAAAUUAUGUCUUUAAAGUUGUAAAAACCUCUCCACCUCUGGCCAUAGCAUAGGAUAAACCCCAACUCCAGAGGCUCAUUCUGUCCAAUUUAAGAGGCAAACUCUGUCUCCCCAUUGGCAUUGGGCCUCUGUGCAAGUCUGCAGCACCUGGGAUGGAUCUUCAAUAAAUCUCUCCAAACAGUAGCAAGGGAAGUUGUUUUGUAUAGUGCUGUUGCUCUUUCACUGACUGGUUCCUUGCUACCAGUUCUCCCACUACGGGAAUUCCUAUUUGGCGAUACUGUGAACAGAACCCUCAAGUGGCCACUGCAGGAAGUCUUCCAGACCUAUUCAGUAUGACUCACAAGGAAACAAACUGCUCAACUGUGUUCAGGAAAAAGAGGAAAAAAUCUGCCAGAAAAGGCAGGCGUCUUAAGUGAUAUUGCUGUGACAGCAGAUCAGCAACGGACAGCAAUCGGAUAUGGAGCCUGCAUCUCUCAGGUCACCCAUUAAGGCUGGAGGGGCUGAAAGAUGAGCUUCCUUCUCAGCUGACAGGAGAUCUGGCAGGGCAGGGCUGCACCACACCACACUGGAAGAACCUGAGGUAAGGCAGCUCUAGGGCUGCCAACACACAGCAGUUCAGUUCAUUAAAAGGAAGGCUCAAGGCUACAAACACUUCAAUCUGGCAGCUGCAGAUCACAGCUCCCCUCAAGCAUCUGCUGAGUCCCAUCAGUCAAAUGGUCUCAUCUGCCUGCUAUCACACAAGACCAUUAUCUUUAAAUGGAAGCUACUACAAAGCAUUUGAAGCAAUUUUUCUCUUCCCAUUGCUGGGUGAGCUAUGAGGUUUUUAAACGGAGGGAAAGUGAUGCAGACAUGAGCAUCUUACAAAGGACAGGUUGGGGCCCAGUAACAUGACCUGAGCGGCUGUUCUUAUGGAAAAGGAUUUAUUUACCUUGUGCCCCUGUAGUUUCCUUCUCCAGAGGAAACAUGUAUGAAGCUCAAUAGCUUAGGAUGCAAACCAGGCACUUCAUCACACUGUAUUGGCCAGGCCAGCCUUAGCACCCCUUGCCACACACUCCCAGAUGAGAAUUUCAGUGCACUGACCUCCUCUGCUUUCCUGAGUUUCUCCUAGCAAAUGUAGCCAGUAAUGACAAAAUUGCCCUUGGGCUCAGAAAACAGCAGCAGACUCUCCCCGGGGGCUAUCUCCUCCCUCCACACUGUUUAGCACCUUCGUCCAUGGUUCAUAGAUCAUGGCUAAAACAGAGCUCAGUGACUUGUGGGGAGUGAAACAAGCGAUGAUCAACCCUAGAGCCACAACAGGCUACCAAAGACGACAGAACUUGCUGAACACAUCAGACUGAGGGCCCCAUGGAGCUCUGCCAGUUCUAUUAGUGUUAUCUGAGGCAGUUUCAGAGUCCAGGGGGUAACAUGUAAGCAUGGGUGACUGGUACCUCCUGAGUCAGGGGGGGCAUUUGUUCCCCUCAGUGGCACUUCCGAGUUGGCACAAUCGGCCGUGGGGGAACCCCCCUCUCCCUCCCCCGGUCAGUGCGAUUGGCCAUGGGCUGACCACGAGGAUCGCUUCUCUGGCACCCCCACUCCCCAGCUGGUGCUCUCGGGGGGGGCGGGGGGACGACACGAGCGCUCUUGGGGUCCAUGUGCAACCCUGUGCACCCCCCACACGUUGCCACUACAUGCGAGGCACCGGUGGUUGCCAUAAUGUUCUCUAGCAGUCACUGAUCCUGCCUGGCUCUUGCCGUCACCUCCCAAGGUCCCAACCUGGUUUCUUUCCUUUCAUGUCUUGUAAAACAUGAUGGAGGGAAGCUGCCCUCAGAAGCUGAGAGCACCUAGGUGCUCUCUUGGUUUGCUCCUGCUGUGCCCUAUGAGCCUUAAGGGCUAAAAGUCUUAAGGCCUAAAUUUGUGGCCCUUUUGCUCCUACAGCCACACUCAUGUCUUGCAGAUCUCAUGAACCAAACAGCUCUGAACCUAUCAGUUUUGAUCAACACUGUCUAGUAUCUGGUCUCACCAACUUCUUGAUUUUAUCUGGUCUCUAUCCACUCGGGCUGCUGGGGUUCCAGGUCCCAAUUCUUCCUCUUGUGCAAUGGGUUCCCUAGCCCAGUCUUGUUUCUGCCCCUCAUGGCUGUCUCCUGCCCUGGAUUCAUCCCCUUGAAUUUCCUGUCCAGCCCUCUUUGAGCUGAAAUCUUAUGUCCCCACCCUCUAGGGCUUUGGGUACCACUCCCUGGUGGCUGCAAAUCUUUCCCCUCCAAGACUGGGGCUCCCUGCUCCUUUUCAUAGAUUCAUAGAUGUUAGAGUCGGAAGGAACCCCAAC